UGUUUUUCCAGUUCGAGAUAUUUUGAUAACCAACUAACUAAUUCUCUAUGGACGCGGGAACUCUUCUCUGUCCGAUUCCGUUAAACCCUAACCGUCCUUACAGCCUUCGUCGUUUCUCUUUCCCGCGCUUUAUUAGGGCCUCUUCCACUUCCCAGGGAGAUUACAAAGGGCCGAAGCCAAAGAGGGAAUGGGUGGCCGAUUGGGUAUCCAGAAACGACGACGCCGUUCGGAGCUUGCCGAUUUAUGUUGGAGGUGCGUCUCUGUUGGCAGUUCUCGUCAAUCGCUCUGUUUCGGGUAUUGCUCCAGUGGCCGAUGCCAGCAGUGCUCAGUCUAGAGCGGAUCUAUUGACACUUGGUUUGGCUGUGACCAAUAUUCUAGUUGGUCUAGUAUGGCUGUCCAUCAGACCAAAAUCUAUAUCUGUGGUAAAUCCCCAAGGUGUAAAGUGUCAAAGGAUAUAUUCUCACCUUCCUGAUUUUGUAGUUUCCGAGUUACUAUGGCUGUGGGAGUCUAUGUCCGCCGUAAGUUGCUGCAGGUCUCUGGUUAUUGUUUAUGAUAGCAUCUGUAUCCUCCAAAUAGGAAUUGCUGCUGCCUCUUCCUUUGAUGAAGUUGAACCAGUGGUUGUAGAUGUCAAUAAAUUAAUCCAAGGAUCACUCUACCGUGGUGUUUUAAAAUCUGGAUCACAGAGCUACUUGGCCAACUUGUCCCUUUAUCCUGGGAAGUCUGAGCUGCCAUUUCUGCCUUCAAAUACACAGGCAGUCAUCCUGCAACCACUUGGAGACAAAGGAAUUGCAAUAAUUGGAGGUGACACAAUUAGGGGCUUCACAACUUCUGACCAGGCAUGGAUUACAUUGAUUGGAGAGAAGUUGGAUGCUACACUCACAAAAUAUGUGAAUAACAUCACUCUGGCAGGUCAUAUAGAAGUUGAAAACAAUCAAACUUUGAAAUCUUAGUCUUUUGUUCCUUCCCCUCUUUGGUCCUGCUAGUGAUACUGCAGAAGAAGAGAUCAAAGAAAUUCAUGAGCAUUAUGCAGUUCAGGCAUAUCUACAGCGACAUCUAAUCUAGGAUUUUUCGAUGACGUGAUUCUGAUAUAUGACGUUUACAUUAUUCCUGAAUGCUGCAUACGCCUGAGGAUUGGAAGGUAUACCAGGGCAAUGUGCUCAUUAAAAUUCUGAAUUAUGUAACUGUUGCCAGAUUCUGUAGCAAUUCUGAAUUCCUCAGUUUUUAGUUUUCUUUGUUUUUUCCUUGUGAAUUAACAUAUUUUUGAGUUAUUGACUACACAGUCAAUGUUUGUUUUAUCAACUACGUUAAAAUCGGACAUUGCUUCUCAUAAUUCUGAAAUUGUAUGCAAAAAAUUGCACAUAAUAAU